CUUGGAACUAGUGCGUUAGUUGUUUUGUUUUUAUUAAGUAGGAUACUUUAUGGGUUUCCUUUUCCAUGGCAUAUUUUCUGAUUUUAAGAUUAAUUAUAUGUCUAGUUUGUAUUUAUUGUGAAUCAGUUUCUGGUGAUACGGAAGGACUUCCAGAAGAUGAACAAGAUGUUCUAUUGUCAGGAGGAGAAAAAAUGAAUGAUGACCAAUUAUGGAAUUUAUUGAAACAAAUUAGUAGAAAUGGUUCUGAUCAAGAUCCAUUCGGAGUUUUUACAGAUUACGAAGAAUACACUCUCGUUGACGAACUUAAUACCGCAGAUGUGACGGAACCGAACUCGGUUGACAUUACGGAAAUCGAAAACUCAACAGAAACAGGAGUAAUCAAUUCAGCCUCAGUGGAUUUUCAAAAUGAAGCUGAAACGACCACUUCUGCUGCUACAUACAGUGAUAUAACUACAGAAAAUAAACCAUCAAAAGAUAAAAUUGAAGUUGAAAACUCUACACCGUUGGAUAAGUUAGAGAAUUCGACAAUAGAGAAAGAUAUGACAGAAACCAAACCCGAUACUUCUACUACCAAAGACAUAAAUGUAACAGAAAUAGUUAAACCAAAUUACAGUACACCACCAAAAAUUUAUCCGUCAAGCGCAAUCAUUCCACCAGAAAAUGUUUCAUCUAAUUCUUCAAUUGGAUCAACGUUAAUUCCAUCAACGUCCGUUAGUACUUUACUUCCGGAUGAAUCAACUAUCACUGAAGCUAGCUCAGAACCAGAAGUACCGGUUAGCCUUGUGGAAAUAACAACCACAACAAUAUCAAGUAAUCUAGAUUCUGUAGCUACACCACUUACGAUUUUAACUAAUCCAGUAACUGGAACUACUGUAGGAUUCACUAAAAAGGAAUCUAAUAUAGUAACUAGUGAUGUAACAAUCAGUCCAAAAACUACUGCACAAAAUGGAAGCCUUGAGCAAAUUACUAGCUCUUCAGCUGAUCCAGAUAAGUUAUUUCCUAAUUAUAGUAGUACUACCUCUUUAAACAUACCUUCAAAUAAUGUAUCUGAUGUAUUAAGUGGCAGUUCUACAACUAAUGCAAAUACUUUGUCUAGUGAAUCUUAUAGAACUGAAGUUGAAACAACUACAAUCAUAUCAAUCAAUAUUACAGAUUCAUUAACAUCAGAGCCUGUAACGGUAUCUGAAGAAUCUAGAGAAACAAGUGAAUAUGAAAAAAAUACUUUUACUUCAAUAGAAAUUAGUCCUUCUACAUCUUCUACCUCCUCUGAUAUGUCAUCUAUAACAAUUUCAAAUGUAACCACCACACCUUUCAAUGAAGAGAGUGAUGAUUUGUUUGCCAAAUCACCCACUGUUAAUUCAACAAAUGUAUCUGAAACAUUAAGUAGUGUUUUAACUCCUCCUACAGUAACUACUGAUACAAGUAUAAUUAGUGAGUUUACUGCUUCUCCAAAAUCUAUUACUACUGUUUCAAUAACAUCUCAGCCAACCUUUCCUACCUCUGUAAAAUCCACAAAAGUAACUGUUAGUAGUGAAAGCACUGUCACAAAACCAUUUAGUAAAAUACCUGAUGAAAUUUCAGCUGCACCACCCACUGUUAGCUCAAGCAACCCAUCCGAAAAAUUAAGCAGUACACUGACGACUACACCUAAAGCGACAACAGAUAAAAGUGUUACUAGUGAAUCAAAUGCUUCUCCGACACCGAUUACCACUGAUAAGAUACUAUCCCAACCAACCUUUCCUACUACUGUAAAAUCCACAAAAGUAACUGUUAGUAGUGAAAGUACUGUCACAAAACCAUUUAGUAAAGUAACUGAUGAAAUUUCAGCUACACCACCCACUGUUAGCUCAAGCAACCCAUCCGAGAAAUUAAGCAGUACACUGAUGACUACACCUAAAGUGACAACAGAUAAAAGUGUUACUAGUGAAUCAAAUGCUUCUCCAACAUCAAUUACCACUGAUAAGAUACUAUCCCAAUCAACCUUUCCUACUACUGUAAAAUCCACAAAAGUAACUGUUAGUAGUGAAAGGACUGUUACAAAACCAUUUAGUAAAGUAACUGAAGAAAUUUCAACUACUCCACCCACUCUUAACUCACCAAGUGUAUCUGAAUCAUUAAGUAGUGUACUAACAACAAUGCCUACAGUGAUUACUGAUACAACUGUGAUUAGUGAAUCAACUGUUUCUCCAUCAUCAAUUACUCCUGAUAAGAUAACAUCCAGGCCAACCUUUCCUACUACUGUAAAAUCCACAAAAGUGAAUGUAAGUAGUGAAAGUACCAUUACAAAAUCACUUAGUAAAGUAACUGGUACAAUUUUAGCUACACCACCCACUGUUGUCUCAACAAAUAUAAAUGAAACAUCAAGUAGCAUAUUAACUAUAUCUACAGUGAUUACUGAACCAAGUGUAAUUAGUGAACCAACUGUUAUUUUGCUAUCUACUAUAAAUGAUUCAUCUUUGUCCACUGUAUCCACUACAGUGAAACCAAUUAAGGAGUCUGAUAUUCGAAGUACAGUCACCAAACCAUUAAGAAAAGAAUCUGCAGAACCUGCUGGCAUGCCAACCGUUAUUAACAAUUUAUCUGACAAAUUAAGCAGCACUACUACCGUCACCACACCUUCAACUACAGAUCAUAUUGAUAUAAGUGAGACAACCUCAGAGCAUGUCAGUGCAUCUGGUAUAGUACCUGAUGAGUUGAAAACACCAGUAACUGAAGUAUCUGCUGCUUCGUCAAAUAGAGAUCAUAGAUAUGUAAUGACCACAGUUCCUACAUUAAAACCACUGAAGACUGAAAGAAGCACAUUUACUUCCACUUUACCAUUUAUGGUAAGCACACCAAUAACCACUCCUAUUAAUGAAAAAGGUAGUAAAGUAGAGGAAAAUUCAGUUACUGAACCCACAGCCAUUAGUUCUACUACUGAGUAUGUGAGAAUUAAAACAUCUGAUAACUUUCACAUUGUUUCAACACCUUUAACAACUAUUAAGAUAAAUGAUGUGACAAAAAAAGAAGGAAAUAUAAAUCAUUCUCAGACCAAAACUCCAAAAGCAGUGGCUAGUAAUGUUGGUAAAGAUUUUGUUGGUUCUACAGAACCGUUUAAAUAUAAAGUCACAACAGAAAAAGUGUCUACAACAGCUUCGACAAUUACUGAGGUUUUUAGUACGUUUGCCAAAGCCACAACUGCCAAAACUAAAAUGACUGUUCCCACUUCAAGCUCUAAAAUUGACAAAAACAAGUCUACAAGAAAGAAAAUCUCACUUGAUCCCUCCAAAAAAAUAUUUAUUUCAAUGGAAGAUUCCAUUAUUCCACAAUUAAAUUUAAGAGGGAAUUCUCCCACUGCAUCUGUUCCCCAGAUUGAGAAAACUACAGAAGCGUUGUUAAACAAAACAAAAUUUUAUCCACAGUUAAAAACUACUGCACUUCCACGACAUAAAGUAGCUUUACAACCAGGAAGAAAAGUUCAUUUCAUUCCUGAAAAUAAAGUGGAAUUAUUUGUUCCAACUCAGCACCCUGAACUUGUAUCAAAGAAGCCUACGAUUCUAGAAACAAAUGAUAACAUAGGAUUAACUACUGAACAACCAUAUAGUACAUCUAAACAUUCCUCUAGUAGAAGUAACUUGGACAGAUCACGGAUUUUUAUGAUUGAUGAAGCAACCUUGACACCCACAAAAAUUGAUUUACCGCCAUUACUACCAGAUCAUAAAGGACAAAAACGACCUCAUAUCCAAAUUCCUUCUUACAAAUGGCAUGAAAUAAAGGUUAAUCCUCAAAUGAAAAAGGAUUGUCUAGACUCUCGGCAAAGUAUAGUCUCACCUUCAGGGCAAAAGAAUUUGGAAAUACAUCCGUUUAUUAAUGGAUCUCCAAAAAAUAAAAUAAACAUGGGUAAACUGGGAACUCACCCUCCCGAAACCUUUGUGCCAAAUUUUUCUUCUCCAACAACCAUGAAAAAACCCAUGUUAGACAAAAAUCGUAAAUUUGUAAUUGAUAGUGAUGACACUGUUCCAGAUAUCAAACCUAAAAGUAAAGACAAACAGUUUUCUUAUAACAAAAAAACAAUGACUCAUCCCGUUAUUCAAAUUAUUCCAAGUAUAAAUACUUCUCAUAAAGAUAAAAAUAAUCUUGAUCAAACUGAAUUUUCCUCAAAAAAAUAUGAUGAUGAAAUGAAGCAUGAAAUUUCCCCUGCAAGAUUUAAGCCACAACAAUCCAUCCCAGAACUACUAUGUUUUGAGAUGUAUAAGAAGGAUAGUAGAAAACCAAUUUUACGUUGUAUUAAUUUAAAUAGCACUAUCAGAACAAAUUUCAUGCAUUUCCUUAACAAAGAUACUCAUAAUCGCCAACAGAAGGAUCCCAUUAUGAGAAAAGUAGUUCUUGAAUACCAAACUCCAAUAAUUAAUAAAACUUUGACUCCACUAAAUGAAAUGAAAUAUACCAUUUCUGGCCAUGUUUCGAAUACUGGGAAUAAUAAUUUAAGAGUUUCACCAAAUAUGAGAGCAUCUAUCAACACUCCUGAUAGACAAGUAUUAGUUUAUAAUAAUCAAAUGCAGGACAUUGUGAGACAUUCUAUUAUUCCAAUACAGCACAUUGGAAGUAUGCAAAAUUUAUUAUUUUUGAAACAGCCUCCUAAUCCUGGAAAUUUCCAAACAAUAUUUUCUGUAAGAGUAGAAAAUGAUUUAAAAUCCAAAAACCAGAUACAGACCAAAAACAGAUAUAAGAGGUCUGUGACAAAUAAAUGCAACUUUGAUGGUGUAUAUGAAGAUGAAGGUUCCAGUUUAGCAUUUGUUUUCGACAACACUGGAUCAAUGAGUCCAGAACUUGAACAGAUGCGUGAAACUGCCAAAACUAUCACCAAAGAGCUUACAGAAAAAAAAAGAAAUUUAAUCAAAGAUUAUAUUCUUGUGACAUUCAAUGACCCUGAGGUUGCAGCCCCAUUUUGUACCAGCAAUUAUGAUGAAUUCAUCGAUAAAUUAAACCGAAUUAGGGUAUAUGGAGGUCAAGAUUGUCCAGAACUAGCAUUAACUGGUUUAAAGUCAACGUUAGAAGUAACUAGACCAAAAUCAUUUAUUUUUGUUAUAACUGAUGCUGAUGCAAAGGAUUAUUAUGAAGAAGAAAACAUUCAGCUAUUAAUUAUGAGGAAAUCUCCAUUUAUAUUCUUCCUGAUGACAGAAAGGUGUUAUGGCUGGAGACAUCAAAAAGGAUUUGAUGUAUAUUAUAAUAUAUCGAGACAAACUAAUGGGCAAAUAAUAAUGCUAGAUAAAUCUGAUGUGAGACAAAGUUCAUUACUUAGGAAGAUGUUGGAUAGUCUUACUGAAGACUUUCUUCAGCAGGGUUUAGUUCCUCUUAAACGGGUAUCUUCAAAUAAGCCUGCUCAUGUUCCUUACUUAGUACCUGUUCCUCUGGAUCCUGGUAUCAAAAAAGUCACUUUUGUGGUCAGUGGUGCUCAACCGAAAUUAGAUAUAACAGAUCCUAAAGGUGACAAACCUCCUGGAGAACCUAAAGAAUUUCCCAAGUUUAAAAGUGUAACUUAUACAGAGCCAAUAGCAGGUGUCUGGAAAGCAACUGUUGGCAGCUCUUCAGUUCAUUCAUUUUCUUCAUAUGGUAUUAGUAAAGUUCAACUUGGGGUAGGUUUUUCAGUUAUACCAACAAACAAAUCUUCUGAAACUUCUCAUCGACCACUAAAAAGUGCUGAGAAUUAUAUACUCAUUGAAGCCUCUGAUCCAGAAUUAGUCAGAAAUAUUACUCAUGUAGAUCUAGUAGAUUUAAAUGGAAAUUUUUUGGUCACUAUACCUUUGAAAAAAGAUGAAACCACAAACACACUUUAUUAUGGUGGACCCUUUUUGCCUCCUGAUGAAAAUUUUAAUAUGGAGAUAAAUGGCUAUGCUACAGAUGGUUCUCCUUUGAAAAGAAUUUCACCUAAUGCUAUUUUACCUCAACUUCCAGAACUACCAUAUGUGACAUUACCGAGAGAAAACACAAUCAAUGAAGGUACAACUUAUAUCAUCAAAUGUCGUGUUGAAUCUUUGGUUCCUACAACUGUGAAAAUGUAUAAAAAAAAUGAUCCUCAAGUACAAAAAGUUCAAAAUAUGAAGCAGACAGGAGAUGUUUACUUUGAAAUAAGAAACAUAUCUAUUAAGGAUGAGGGUGUCUACAUAUGUGCGGCAAGUAAUGUAGCGGGAAGUAAAUUGAAGGAAAUAAAAGUUAAUAUUAAGGCAAAACCUCCUGUUGUAUCAGUGAAAGAGGAAGUUUUAUUUACUCUUCGAAACAGAGUUCUAAUACCUUGUAUUAUUUAUAGUAUUCAUCCGUAUACAAUAAACUGGAAGAAAGGGACUAGUUCAAGGUGGACUGAAGUAUAUAAUUCAACCAAUAUUCAGAAUACCGAUAAAGGUCUCAUGAUCCAUAAUCCGAAAGCCACUGAUGAAGGAUGGUAUCAGUGUACAGCUUCAAGUAUAGGAGGUGACUCUGUUGGAACAACCUAUCUGAAACUAAGCAUGUCACCAUCCAUUGAAGUUUCUGGAUUAAGAAGGUUUUAUGAACAUUUUAAUUUAACUCUUACUUGCUCAGCUAUUAGAGGAAUACCUGCGCCACAGCUGAAAUGGAGAAAAAAUGGAGUCGAGUUUAAUGGAGAAAAUGGAAGGAUAUUUAUUAUUAAUAUGGAGAAAUACAGUAGAAUCGAUAUUAUAGAUGCUCAUGCAGAUGAUGAAGGAAAUUAUGAAUGUUCAGGAAUUAAUUUUGCUGGCCAAGAUGUCAAAGAAUUGCAGUUAGUCUAUGAAGAAAAACCUAAAGCAAUUGCUACUAUGAAGGCAUGUAACACUAUCUAUGGAGGUAAUUGUACCUUAAAAUGUAUGGUUUCUGGAAGACCAUUACCAGAUCUGAUUUGGAAUAAAAAUGGCAAGAUAAUAAGCUCAAUUUCUUCUCCAAACAUUCAAUUAUUACUUGACAAAAGUUUAUUAAUAUACAAUGCUGAGUUAUCAGACAGCGGAGUUUACAGUUGUGCUGCUCAAAGCAGUAUUGGGUACAGUGAAGAUUCAAUUAUUGUAUCAGUUACAGGGGUUUAUCCUAAGAUCAUAGAAGCCCCAGUUGAUACACCGAUCGAACUAGGAGAAAAUGGUCGACUAAGCUGUGUUGCUCUUGGAACUCCAAAACCGAAAAUCGUUUGGAAAAAGAAAAGUGAAUUAUUGAACAAAGAUCGUUGGGAAGAAAACAUUCUCGAAAUCAAUAAUGCUUCCCUUUCUGACGCUGGUGUAUAUACAUGCAUAGCAGAGAAUAUUUUAGGUCAAGUAGAAUCAGAAGCAUUGGUCAGCAUUACAGGUGGUGUUGUUCCGAUUUUGGAUAAAGACAAAGACCUUGAAGUAAAAAAAGUAUUAACUGGAGAUAAAGUUGAACUUCAGUGUCUCACUUUAGGUGGGAAACCUAUGCCUACAAAAGAAUGGUAUAAAGAUGGAAUUUCGCUGUCUAAACAACCGACUACUGGAAUAAAAUUGGAAAAUGGAUCCUAUUUUAUGAGUUCUGUGAGUUCUUCAGACAUUGGUUUGUAUGAAUGCAUAGCAAAAAAUGAAAUAGGUUCUGAUAUUAAGAAAAUUGACCUCAAGUUCUAUGAGGCACCAACUAUCGAUUUGAACAUUUCUUCUAACAUAGUUGCAACUGUUGGGAAAUCUGCUAAACUCCUUUGUAAGGUAUAUGGAGACCCCCCACCAAAAGUUACUUGGAAGAGACACAUUUUCUCCAAUAACAAGACAAUGAGAGGCAUUCAUUCAGAAGAUGUGAAUGCAUUAGUUUUUGAUACCGUCUCAGAAGAAGAUAGUGGAAGAUACAUUUGUCAAGCUGAAAAUAUUGCUGGCAUUGCUAGACGAACUUUUGGUCUUUCUGUAAUGAUUCCACCCAAAAUUAUUCCAUGGCCUAUUGAAACUUUUGUUGAAGUAGGAAAUAUUGUAACUUUGGAGUGCAGAGUUCGAGCUAUUCCACGACCUUCAUUACAUUUGUUUAAAAACAACGUUACAAUUCCGAGAAGUAAAUCUUAUGGCCAAUUUGUGAGGUUUUUAGCUGAACCAUCUGAUUCAGGAACUUAUAGUUGUAUUGCUGAAAACAGAGCAGGCAAGGACAAAGUUGAAACUAACCUGAUUGUUUUAGUUCCACCUCAAAUAAAAAACACAACAGGAAACACUGUUAUCAAAGCGAUUAGUGGAAAUGAAGCAGUUUUACCUUGUGAUGUUUUUGGAAAUCCACAGCCAUCUGUUACAUGGCAUUUCAAUGGAGAACUUAUUAAGAAACAAAUUGGAAGUGAACCAGCUACUCUAUAUUUGCCAAAUGUGACAGAAGCUGAUGCUGGAACUUACAUUUGUGUUGCCCAAAAUAAAGCUGGAGAAAAUAAGAAAAAAAUGGAACUGGUUGUACUAACACCACCUAAGAUUGUGCCAUGGACAGAACCCAUGAAAGUAAUCAUUGGCGAGUUUGUCAAUAUUACCUGUCAAACUUUUGCCAAUCCUGAAGCUAGUGUUUCAUGGUUCAAAGACAAAGAACCAUUACCUUUAAAUUUAAUAAGAGAUAAAAAAACUUUAGGAUUUAUUGUUCAAAGACAAAAUCAAGGGAUUUAUACCUGUGAGGCCAGAAAUGAAGCUGGAAUGGAUUCUAAGGAUUUCCCAUUAGUUAUAUUAGAUCCUCCAAGUUUUGCUAAGCACCUUCCAUUCUCAGUUGAUGUCCUGAAAGGAAGGAAUAUUGAUAUUCCUUGCAUUGCCUUCGGUGAUCCAAAACCUGUCAUGGGCUGGAACAGAAAUGAAAUAAUUCUGGCUGAUGAUAGUAGAAGGACUAUUAAUACAGAAUCAGGUCAACUAACUAUUUUAAAUGCUGUUCCUGAGGAUGAUGGAUACUAUAAUUGUACUGCUGAAAAUCGGGCAGGCAUAGUUUGGAGAACAGUUGAGGUUAAUGUUCUAGAACUACCUACUGCCUCACUUACUGUCAGUAGUCGUAUGGUGAAAGAAGGCGAAGAAGUAGAGUUCAUUUGUAAUGUAACUGGGAAGCCUAGACCAAAGAUAUACUGGAAGCAAAAUGAUAGAAUAUUGUCCUCUGAUAAUGAUUCCAAACUGAGGCUGACUGUAUAUUACAAGGAUCGUGGUAAUUAUACUUGUGUUGUGAAAAAUACAGCAGGAGAAAGCUCUGCAAGUAUUCAUAUUGAUGUUUCUGUUCCACCAAAGAUAAGAAACGACAAACAUGAGAAAAUUACACUCUUGAAAGGUAAUAGUAUUACGUUGGGCUGCCCCUCUGAUGGAAUUCCAGAACCCGACAUUUUGUGGUUUUUCAAUGAGACCCAACUUGGAGAAUUAAAUGCUUAUUUAUUCAAAGUAAAAGACGAAAUUUUGGAACUAAACAAUGUGACUACAGAACAUACUGGUACUUACACAUGCGUCGCUAAAAAUUUUGCUGGUUGGGUAGACAAAAAGUUUACAGUUAAUGUUCAUGUGAAACCAAAAAUAACUAAUCAAUUUGAUCAUCAAAUAACCAUCCAAAAAGGGAAAGAUUCGUCAAUCCCAUGUUACGCAGAAGGAAUACCUGAACCUAGGAUAAGUUGGAAAAAGGGAGACAAAGAUAUUAUUUAUAAAAAUUAUAGUGAUUCCUCUGUUGCUGUUCAUGAUAACAUAUUGCUUUUAUUUAACUCAGACCAUACCUCUGAAGGAUUAUAUACAUGUACUGCUGCAAAUGUUGAAGGGCAGGACACCAAAGAUUACUAUAUUUCUGUCAAAGAUAAUAAACAGAGCGUGAAAGAAGGAAUUAAAGAAGUUGAAAUAGUGGAGGGAGAAAAUGGGGUUCUGAAGUGUGAUGUUAAACCAGGAUCAAAAGUCAUUUGGCUGAAGGACAAUAAAACACUAGCCAACAUGCCCUUAGAGCGAGCUGAUGAUGUACAUUUUGUGAUAGGAGACAGAGGAAAAAUUUUAAAAAUUACUGAAGCAUUUUCAGAAGAUGCAGGAUUAUAUUCUUGUAUUGCAAUCCAUCCUGAUGGCAAUAGUACAACUUACUUCUCAUUGAAUGUGAAAUUUCUUCCAUAUUUUAGUGAUGCUUUUCCAACUUUGGAAUACACAGUGAGAGAAAAUGAAUCCAUCACACUUGAGUGUGCAGCCAAUGGGAGUCCUCCACCACAGAUAAAUUGGAGACUUGCAGAAAAUAAUUUGCCAAUAACAGGUCAUACAUUACCUCUUGUUAAAAUUUAUGGAGAAAAUGAUAACACUUUGCUUAUCAAAUCAGCAAAACUUUUCCAUUCUACCUUGUAUUUGUGUUCAGCCAGCAAUGAGCUGGGAACAGAAAACCGAAUCUUUAACAUUAAAGUUAUAAGUCCUCCUCAAAGACUUGGACCUGAAGUAUCUGAAGUUGAGAUUGUAUCUGGAAGUAAAUUAGAACUCAAUUGCUCCAUUGAUGGAUCACCUCAUCCAAACUUUAAAUGGACAUAUAAAUCUGAAUUUGGGGAGGAGAGAACUUUACGAUUUGUUACUAGGAGUAUAUAUAUUGGCUAUGCUCAGGCAGAAAAUGAAGGGUUAUACACUUGCUUUGCUUACAACCUCGCAGGAAAUUCUACAAAAUCUUUUAAUGUAUCUGUUAUCGAUCUUCCCAGAGUUAAGCGUGAUAUCAACAACACAAUUGUGUUAGCUGAAGGUGAUGAUUUAGAACUCUCAUGUAAAUGUCUAGGAAGGAAGCAUGCUUUGGUACAAUGGUUCUUCAAUGGAGUGUAUUUAAAUGAAUCUAGCAAUACCAUAGCUCAGAAUUUUUUCAGAGAUUUUAAUUCUACCCAAUACAUUUGUAAACUUGCUAAUAUUUCUAAGGAAAAUGAAGGAUCGUACAAAUGCUUAAUAUCAAACUUAGCUGGUACAGAUGAAUUAAAGUAUGAAGUGAUAGUAAUAGCUGCUCCAAAGAUGUUAAAUGAUGAUUGGGAAAAAUUAAGAAAACUUGAAUUUUUAAGUGGAUCUGAUAUUGAAAUUGAGUGCCCAGUAGAAUCAGUCAGUGAGCUUAAAAUUCAGUGGAAGAAAAAUGGACUUAUCAUGGAUGGUUAUGAAAAUAAAACAUUAUAUAUUCCCUCCUGUACCUUAGAUGAUGAUGCAGAAUAUAUUUGUAUUGCUUCUAACAUUGCUGGAGAGCUUGCUUCAAAAGUUGUAGUAAAUGUCCUAGCAAGUCCAAAGUUGCUCAAUCCUAAUACUAAUACCACUCAAAAGGUUCUGUUGGAUGAAAAACUUUUGCUUAAUUGUUCAGUUAUCGGAAAUCCUACGCCAACUAUUUUAUGGACUAGAAACAUGAAGCAGAUUGAUAAUAUAACUUUUCCCCAGGUCGUCUUGUCUGAAAACAAUCAAACUUUGGAAAUUGAUGAAGUAGAUAUAUCCGACACUGGAAAAUAUUCAUGUUACUGCAGUAAUAUCUUAGGUUUUGUGGAAAAUAAUUUUAAUGUUGAAAUCAUAGUACCUCCUGAUGUUAAAGAAGAAAGUAAAUCAAUGGAAAAAAUUAUGAAAACUGAUAUUUAUAGAAGAGUUGUGCUGAGAUGCCCUCUGAUUGCUUUACCUGAACCUAAUAUUACAUGGUACAAGGACUCUGAAGAAAUAACUACUGGAAUUUCUUCUAUGUUAUCACAUGAUAGAAAAAUGUUAGUAAUCAAUCAUCCGAAGGAAUCAGAUGCUGGAAUCUAUAAAUGUGUUGGUAGUAACGAUGUAGGAAAUGAAACAUUUACUUUCUUCUUACACAUAUCUAUUGUCAUGGAGUGGGGGCAGUGGAGUGACUGGUCUGAAUGCAGUUCCUCUUGUGGAGUUGGCGUUCAAGUUAAAACUAGAAAAUGCUUAGGCGAAGACAAUGGAAUAACGAGUGAAUACAUUCACUAUAAGAACAGCAGCUGUUCUGGCCCAGAUUCUAAGAAUAGAUCUUGCAAUUUUCACGCUUGUCCAAUCAAUGGAAAUUGGAGUGAUUGGGGUGACUGGAGUGAUUGUUCCAGUACAUGCGGUGAGGGGCUGCAGCGACGUACUCGACGUUGCAAUAAUCCACCUCCUUCAAACGGUGGAGAUGAUUGUUUUGGCGAAUCAUAUGAGGAGAAAAACUGUGGAAUUGUUCCCUGUCCAAUAAAUGGAAAUUGGGGUGAGUGGUCUGAUUGGAGUGAGUGUUCUACAACAUGCGGUUACAGCAUAAAAAUGAGAAUGAGGCGCUGUAACAAUCCUGCACCAGCCUUUGGCGGCCUUCCAUGUUCAGGAAACAGCAGAGAUGUAACUCUGUGUAAAAAACCCAAGUGUGAAGAAAGCUAUGUUGGUUGGUCACAAUGGUCAGGAUGGAGUCCUUGUUCUGUCACUUGUGGUACCGGUCGCCAAAUAAGAAAAAGAUUCUGUCUUGGGGGAGUUUUCAGUGUAGAUUGCAAAGGAGAAUCUCAUCAGAAUAAAUUGUGUCAAAAAGUGCCAUGCCAUAGAAGAAGAUUUCCGAGAAGUGCACAACUGAAUAUUUAUGGCGAAUUGAAUGGUUUACCUGUUGAAGAAACAAUUCUAGCUGAAAUAGAAGAGAAUAGUAAUGAAACUAAAAUAACAGCUGUACCUCUGAACAUCACUGAGAAUACAAUUACUAAUUCAUCACUUGAUAAGAAAUAUAAUAUGACCAAUAUUCCUUUCAUCAUUAGCCCUGUGUCUUGGCUAGCUGCACAUGAAAUCAGAGGAAAAAAUGGUUUUUCACUAAUAAAUGGAAGUUUUCAUGAAAAUACAACUUAUAAAUUUUCCACAGGAGAAGAGAUGGAAAUGCAAAGUGAUGCAGAAAUUGAUGACUCUUCGGAUCCAUUGAAACUCAAUAUACAAGUUAAAGGACAAGCACCAAUUGACAACAAAGCUACAAUAAUUAUUGAUCCCUAUGAUGAGGAUAUUGUCCAGACUAAUCGAAAAACUAUUAAGAGCUCAUCGCAUACAACUCUUCAAACAAAUGGAAAGAAAAUUCCUGUUUCUUGGAGGAAAAGUAUAGAAUUACCUAGAAAUAGGCAUAGUAGAAUACUUCCAGUUGAGCGAUUUAAAUCAAACAGACAGCGCACCAAAUAUAAUAGAAAAAAGGGAAGAAUCGAAUAUCAGACUGGGGCUGUUGUGACAUCAAAUUUUGAAAAUGGUUCGUGUCCUAAGGGAUUUAAAUACAAUGAUGAAAACGGAGAAUGUCAAGAUAUAAAUGAAUGUGUCCGGAAAUGGCAAAAUAAUUGCUAUCCAAGUGAAAUUUGCAUUAAUACCAUUGGCUCAUAUAUUUGUGAAUGUCGGCAAGGAUAUCGAGAGAGGUCUGAUAAAGGAGGCUGCAAAGAUAUAAAUGAGUGUUUGGAAGGUUCCCAUCUGUGUUCGCAUACAUGCCAAAACAUUAAAGGAAGUUAUCAGUGCCUCUGUCCCUACAACAUGAUUUUAUCCGAUGAUUUUUUUAACUGUGUUGAAGUUUCAGAAGAAGAAUAUGAAGAUUACUCAUUGGGGUUACAUGAUUUAGAUUACUUAGAAUAUCCUUCUACUGUAAUUCCUGUUUCAAAGAAAAGUAACAGAAAAGGAUUAAGAAAUCUUAAUUUUAACCGAAAAGAAAGAUAUGACAGCAAUCGUGUUAUCAAGUCUGAUCAAAAUAAAGAUAAUAUAACUUGUAAAUCUGGGUUUAAACCUGAAAAAAAUGAAUGUGAAGAUAUAAAUGAAUGUAUAGAGGACGAAUACGCCUGUUCUAGACAGGAGCUAUGUAUGAACACUCCAGGUUCCUAUGUGUGUAUCGAUGCUCCUUGUCCGGAUAAAUUCAUAUUUUCGCCAGAAACUAGAUCCUGUUUACUCUUCUGCCUCGAUAAUGAAGUUGAUUGUACAGAUGGCGCUUUGAUCUCUGAGAGCCUUCAAAUUAUAACUGUCCCAGUGUAUAAAGCAAAUUAUACCUUUUAUCCAUUUACAGAAAUACUGGUUUUGUUUUCUUAUGAUGACAAUAACCUCCCAAUAGAUGAAAGUGUAUAUGAAAUAGUACAAAAUGAAUCAGGUUUGCCAGUGAAAAUCAGGAGUGAAGAGAGAUUAGGAGUGUUAUAUGCUUCAAAUUACUUUGAAGUAGAAAGUAAAGAAAGUUUGAUAUUAAUGAGCUCCACUUAUGACUCAAAUGGUGACAAACUACACACGACGAUGUUUUUAGUUUUAAUUUAUAAUACCAAGUCAAUUAGUUUAUGAUAUUAAAUUUUCAGAAAAAAUUAUUUAUUUUAGGUUAAUUUGUUUUUAAAAAAAUGGAAAAGUGCAUAUCAGCUACAAUAAAAACUUUUUUAUUCAUAAAAAUUGAAGUGUUGUUACUAUUAAUGAUAUAAUAAUUUGGAGUAAUAAAAAUAAUAAUUCACUUGUGUUAAACAUCAUUACUUUUGCUAACAAAUAUAGCAAUUCCUGUUAUAGACACCU